CAAACCAGCUAUUGAAUUAGCUGCUGCGAACCGUAUCUAUUGCGACCUUUGACACGACUCUUUCUCAGGUAACGCACUGCCGCGAUCAGCUGCAGCUCUUCGUUCAGCUGCAGAGGCACGUCAACCUCGUGCAAAGAGGCUGCGUGCCUUUUUUGCCCAGUCCAAACAUCGCUACCUAGCGCUCACCACAGCAUCAAAAUGAGCGCCCCCGCUGGAAAUCCCAAUGGCGCUCCGCGGAGCCAGAAGCCCAAUCCCUUGCGUCCUCUUCGGAAGAAGCCUGUCAACCCACUUGUCGCAUCAUCUCGCAAGCCAGCCCCCAAGCCCAAUCGGCCGCCUUCGAACAGUACGCCAUCGACUUCAGCGCAGGCCGCAGCGAACGGGACUAAACCCAACGUCGAGGAGCUACGGAAGCAAUAUGGCGGAUGGAGCGAACCACCCCCUCCCUAUGCUUUCAGCGACAUCCCGAUCAUGACAACCAAGAAAGCAUUACUUGAUGGAAUCCGAUAUCAUCUCAUGAGAUUCUCCCAGACCAAAUUGGGUGACAAGCCUAUUGAUCCGACAGACCAAGACGAAUUUGCCAGACCCGUUACGUUGCAUCGGCGAGAUGCCCGCCAACCUCCUCCGGGAAGAGCUGUGAAGGAGGAGGAGCCCGAACGACCCCCGGUAGAUGAGCAAGAGGCGGAAAGACUGGCGCAGAUCAAGGCCGAGAGAGAAGCGCAAAGGGCCAUCGAUCAAGCCAAAAUUGCUCCUGUGGCCAAAGAGGUGGUCGCCAAACGCCCGAAGAAACAAAAGGAAGAGAAAACAAUGUUCAAUCGAGCCCCAAAAACAUCAGCGGCGAAGAAAGAAUCCGAUUUGAGAUAUGAAGAAGCUCUCCCGUGGCACUUGGAAGACGCUGAUGGGAGAAACGUGUGGGUAGGCAGCUAUGUGGCCGCCCUUUCUGAAUCUAGCGUUGCAUUCAUGAUUGAUAAGUCGGUUUUCCGCAUGAUUCCAUUGGAAAAAUGUUACAAAUUCAACUCCAAGCCGCCAUUCCAGCCCUUUACCAUUGAUCAGGCCGAGGCUUUCAUGAAUCGCAAGGUUGAUGUCGGCCGUUGGGUCAUGAAAGACGAAGAGAAGAAGGCUGGCCUGAACGAUCUCGAGGCCACACGGCGGAUGUUAUACGGACGGGGUCAAAUGAUCAAAUCAGAGAGUGAUACCUUCAAGGCAGCUUCACGCGCGGAGAAGAUGGAGCAUGAUGAGCUCGAUAUCUCGGGUGAUGAAUUUCAGGAUGACGAUGAAGCCCCGCACUUUGAGCGAAACGACGAUGAAGAUACCAAAGAGUCCAAGGAUCGUAUUCGACGUGAACAACUGGGGGCAAACCUGUUUGGCGAAGGAGAUGAACAGGAAGUGGACAAGGAACUGCAAGAGCAGCUAAGGGAGGAGUUGGAGAGACAAAAAUAUGGCAAGACUACGAAAAAGGCUCUUAUUAAGAGAGAUCGCGAGGAUAUAUACGAAAGUGAUGAUUCGGGUUCCAAUCCGUGGAGCAGCUCGGAAGCUGGAAAAGAAGACGAAAAGAAGGACGGAGACGAUAAGGACGCCCAGGGCGAUGCCAAGGACAAGUCUAAGUCGCAAAAUGCCAAGGGGUCUACUACCCCCCAAGGCAAACAGAAGCUCUCUGAGAUGGUGAAGAAAGGAAAGUCACUGAAACGUGCCGGCUCGCCUGCCUUGUCAGAAUCAAGCGGCAAUGAGUCGACUAGAAAGAAGCAGAAGAAGACAUCUGCCGCGGCUCUCGGAAGCCGACCCAGCACUCCUGGGCUGUCACAAACCACAGUGCGGCGUCCUAAGAUUACGGCCGGCUCUGGAAGUGAUGGAGAGGUCACUGCAGGCGAGAUGUCAGACGGGGCGAUGCAGAAGAAGAAGAUCAAGCUUGUUGGCAGCUCAAGGGGAACACCUUCUGCAUCUAGGGCCGGCAGUCCAAAUCCCGCCCAACCUGGCGUUUCUUCUCCCCUAACUGGUGGAUUGAUUGAAUCAUGGGAAAUCUUGGAGAAGAUACCUGUGGACGGAAUAACCAUUGGUGAUCUCAUCAACUUAUUCCAGGGCCGUGUUGGAGAUGGGCCAGGUCGUAUGCCCAGACAAGAGUGGAUUGGCCUCGUUAAGCAGUUGUGCGAUUAUGGUCCCGAUAAGCGGCUGCGUCGUAGAAAGUAAUGCCCAUAUGGAUACUCUCGACCAACACGGGAAGGUCUGAUAAUUAUUAUGCUAGGUCAACGGCCGUUGAGAAGUGAAUUAGGAGAUAGUUAGUUACGAGCCUAUGCCGGGAUGCCAUCUUUAUUGUUUCUUAAAGAAGAAGAAAAGUGGAAG